GACACAUUUCCCGGACCUGCUUCACCUGACGUCUGUCAUCGCCAUUUUCAUUGCGCUGUCGAACCACAAAUCUUGAAAAAUGGGUUUCGGUGAUUAUCCAGCGGAAUAUAAUCCAAAAGUGCAUGGACCUUACGAUCCAGCACGUUAUUAUGGCAAACCCGAUACGCCAUUCAGCCAAGUGAAACUCGGAGAAGUUGGUGCCUGGUUUGGACGUCGUAACAAGUCGCCACAAGCUCUUGCUGGAGCCUGCAGUCGUGCUUUCUGGCGCUGGCAACACAAUUAUUGCUUGCCACGUCGCGCUGGCAUGGCACCCGUUUUCCAGGUCAUUGUCGGAGCCAUGGUCUUCUUCUAUACCAUCAACUACGGCAAGAUUACCGCUCACAGAAACUACAAAUACCACUAAAUCAUUCGGAUAUUCUGGCUUUUGCGGUCCUCGCUUUUUCCAUAUUUUGACGGGAUGAGGAUCGCAGCUAAAUCGUCGUUUAAAAGAAAAAUCAUAAUGAGAUGAAAUGUGAAAGAAAUUGUUAAAAACAUCAGAAAAUUAUCGAUUCGAUCAAUAGUCAAAUAAAUGUUGCAAAACCCAAA